GCAAAGCAGCAGCAGCAACAACAAUCAGGAAGAACUAGCACCGAUAAAGUAUUGUCCAAGACUCCAAGAUUAAAGACUGGCUCAUGGACAAUAGUACUCCAACCCAUCCGGUUUGUCCCUUGUCCGGUCAAGUCAAUUCUGCGACGUUUCAAUUCAAUUUUGAAACCUUUGAAUGGUUGAAACAUUAAAUUUCCUGACUUAAUAAGUCUGUACAGUAUUGGUUAGUUAGGAAUAUUUUGAUAUCAGUCUCUACUUUUUCACUAAUUUUGGUAUCAAUCUCUUUUUUUCUCUUUAUAUUCAUAUAUUUAUAUUCAUAUACCCGUUUUUUAAAUGGAUCAAAAAAGGGAAUUUUACAAUUCAUAUUUUAUUUAUAGUAAAUAUUAUUUUCUCUGCAGGAAAAUAAACUAUUUUAAAAAUAAAACUGGUCAAGAUAUUUAGAAAUAGAAAACUACAUACAGUCCACAGAAAAAGGACUGUCGUUAAUUGGACGGUACUCCAUGAUUAUGGCUAGAGCACUUGUCGGAAAGAAAAGUCAAAAGUAACAGUAAUGGUGGAAAAAGCCGUUGCAUGAAUGAAUCUUUUAAUUAUUUUUUAAAAAGAAAGAUAGAAUCUGAAAGGUUCACUUUCCUCCUUAACAGAAUCUCGUGAAUCUCUCUACCUUCCCUUUCUAUAAAACACUCAUCUCUCUCUCUCUCAAACAAACAAUCUUCAUUUAGAAACUUUCAAAUCAAAAUGGCGUCGUCGACAAUCUCUUGCAACGCCACCGAUCUGAUCCCUUUACUCUCCGGCGGAGCCAACGCCACCGCCGCAGCCGCCGCCGCGGAAUUCAUCUGCCAGAGAUUCGAAACCGUCUCCGGCAAAUUCACCGACGCGGGCUACGCCAUCGACAACACGUACCUCCUCUUCUCAGCGUACCUAGUCUUCUCGAUGCAGCUCGGCUUCGCCAUGCUCUGCGCCGGAUCCGUCCGCGCCAAAAACACGAUGAACAUAAUGCUCACGAACGUCAUCGACGCCGCCGCCGGAGGUCUCUUCUACUACCUCUUCGGCUUCGCCUUCGCGUACGGAGCUCCGUCGAACGGAUUCAUCGGAAAACACUUCUUCGGGAUGAGCGAUUUCCCCAAACCUACGUUCGAUUAUCCUUUCUUCCUUUACCAGUGGACGUUCGCCAUCGCCGCCGCGGGGAUCACGAGCGGAUCCAUCGCCGAGAGGACGCAGUUCGUUGCGUAUUUGAUUUAUUCGUCUUUCUUAACCGGAUUGGUUUACCCGAUUGUGUCUCAUUGGUUCUGGUCUAGCGACGGUUGGGCGUCUCCAGCUAGAUCUGAAAACCUUCUGUUUCAAUCAGGUGUGAUCGAUUUCGCGGGAUCCGGCGUCGUUCAUAUGGUUGGAGGAAUCGCCGGUUUAUGGGGAGCGUUAAUCGAAGGACCGAGAAUCGGCCGGUUUGAGCAACGGAGUAAACCGCUUACGUUGCGUGGUCACAGCGCGACUUUGGUUGUACUCGGUACGUUUUUACUAUGGUUCGGUUGGUACGGGUUUAACCCCGGUUCGUUCGCGAUUAUUUUCAAAUCGUACGGUACCUCUCCCGGGAGCUCAUUCUACGGACAGUGGAGUGCUGUCGGAAGAACCGCUGUUACAACGACGUUAGCUGGAUGUACUGCGGCGCUAACGACUCUGUUCGGGAAGAGAUUGAUUGAUGGUUACUGGAACGUUACGGAUGUAUGUAACGGUUUGUUAGGCGGUUUCGCGGCGAUAACCAGCGGCUGCUCGGUUGUUGAACCGUGGGCCGCGGUUAUCUGCGGGUUUGUAGCGGCCUGGGUGCUAAUGGGCUUCAACAAGUUAGCUGAUAAGCUCCAAUUCGAUGAUCCUUUAGAAGCGGCUCAGCUUCACGGCGGUUGUGGCGCUUGGGGGAUUAUUUUCACCGGAUUGUUCGCGGAUAAAACGUAUGUGUCGGAGAUCUACGGAGGCGAUCCGAACAGACCGUUUGGGCUGUUUAUGGGAGGAGGAGGGAGGUUGCUUGCGGCGCACGUAGUGCAGAUUGUGGUGAUCGUGGGUUGGGUUAGUGUGACGAUGGGGACUUUGUUUUUUGUGUUGCAUAAGAUGGAACUGUUGAGGAUACCGUCGGAGGAUGAGGUCGCCGGGAUGGAUCCGACGAGUCAUGGUGGGUUGGCUUAUAUGUAUACAGAAGAAGAGAUUAAGAAUGGUAUUAUGGUUAGAGGUGUGGGUGGUGAAGAUGAUCAUGUCCAGGGACAUGUAGGUGUUCUUUGAUUUCUUUGUUAUUUUAAUAGUAGCUUUUGUGUUUUUUUUUCUUUUCUUUUUUCUUUUGGUCUGUGUAUAUAUUUUUGCAUGGAAAUAAAUAUAUUAAUUUGGCUCUU